UGCGACAGGGAAGCUGUUUUGCGGCUGUAGCAGACGCACAGGAAGCAGCAUGUCGACUGCCCAAGCUCUGGAAAGUUUCGAACGCUGGAGAGCAAAGGGGAAGAAAAAGAAGGAAAAGGCUAAGGGCAAAACAGUUGUGAAGAAGAAACCGUGGGAGAUAGAAAAAGAGAUCAUCGCGAAGCUCCAGCAAAAGUACAAGGAUAUUGAUCCAUCAUCCAUACAGAAGUUCUCAGACCUGCCACUGUGUAGGAAAACACAGCAAGGUCUGCAGGCAGCCGAUUACAAGUUCCCCACAGAUGUGCAGAAGAACUCCAUCCACCCAGCCUUACUGGGGAGGGACAUACUGGGGGCAGCUAAAACUGGGUCAGGAAAAACACUGGCCUUCCUCUUACCUGUGUUAGAGGGAUUAUGGAGACUCCAGUGGAGUCAGCAGGACGGACUGGGUGCCCUGAUCAUCACCCCCACCAGGGAACUCGCCUACCAGAUCUUCGAGGUUCUGCGGAAGGUGGGGAAGAAGCACGACUUCUCCGCAGGGCUUGUCAUUGGUGGAAAGGAUGUUACAGAGGAGUCGCAGCAGAUCUAUCGUACAAACAUCGUGAUCUGCACUCCAGGACGACUACUCCAACACAUGGACGAGACCGCGUACUUCGAAGCAACCAACCUUCAGAUACUGGUGUUGGAUGAGGCAGACCGUAUCCUGGACCUGGGGUUUGCUGCCACCAUGAAUGCCAUCAUACAGAACCUCCCCCCCACCAGACAAACCAUGCUGUUCUCUGCCACACAGACCAAAUCUGUAAAAGACCUUGCCAGGCUGAGUCUGAAGAACCCAGUGUACAUAUCUGUACAUGAGCACCACAAGUUCAGCACCCCACAGAAACUGAAGCAGAGUUACCUGGUGUGUGAGCUGCACCAGAAACUGGACCUGCUCUUCUCCUUCAUCAAGAACCACCUCAGGAGUAAAGUACUGGUCUUCCUGUCCAGCUGUAAACAGGUCCGCUAUGUGUACGAGGCCUUCUGUAGACUGCAGCCUGGGAUGAGCGUGUUAUGUCUCCAUGGGAAGAUGCCUCAGAUGAAGCGGGUGGACGUCUACAACUCCUUCUGCAGGAAACAGCACGUGUGUCUACUGGCCACGGACAUAGCUGCCAGGGGACUGGACUUCCCAGCAGUUCACUGGGUGUUACAGCUGGACUGUCCUGAGGAUGCUGACACAUACAUACAUCGGGCAGGGAGAACUGCAAGAUAUGAGUCUGACGGUGAGUCUCUCCUGGUCCUGAUGCCCAGUGAGGAGAGACAGAUGUUGCAGCAGCUCACGGACAAGAAAAUACCUGUGGAGAAAAUCAGAGUGAACCCUUCCAAGUUCUACUCCAUCCAGAUGAAGCUGGAGGUCCUGUGUGCCCAGGAUGUGCACAUGAAGGAGUCAGCACAGAAGUGCUUUGUGUCCUACCUAAGGUCCUACUACCUGCAGCCCAACAAACAAGUGUUUGAUGUAAACAAGUUACCACUGGAAAACUACGCAAGUUCUUUGGGCCUUGCAGUGGCACCAAGAGUUAGGUUCCUCCAGAAUGCUGCCAAAGGCAAGGAGGUGCCUUCUUCUAAGGAACAUACCACUUCAGGCAUGGGGGACAAGCACACAUGGCCACAGGGAGAAGAUGAUGCAGAAAAAGUUGUAGAUGCAGACAGCGGAAUGGUACAGUCCGAAACUGUAUCAUGCACAGAUGUAGAGAAAUAUCCUGUGGAGAGCACAUCUAGAACUGAUGAGUCAGCUAAAAGAACUGCAGGAGAAUCCAGUGACUCGGAAGUAGACCAAGGAAACACAAUGUCUCUGGUACAAAGAACUGAGGCAGGGACUUCUCAAGAAGGAGGAGAAAUGUCUGAGUCUUCAUCAGGAGAGUCAGACGAGGAAGAGGAGAGAGGUCAGGGGACCAAGGGUAUGUUGUCAUGGCAACAGGAUGAUGAAGAUGAGGACCUUCUUACUGUGAAGAAGAGAGAUGUCUUCAAUGUGAAGGGAAGCAUUGCACAGGAACCAAAGGAGUUGGGAAUUAAGACAGCCUCUUCUAAUGAGAAGAAGACUGUCUUGACCAAGGCCAAGCUGGCUAAGAAACUGGCAAAGAAAAAAGUGAAGGUCAACAGCAAGGUCAAAUUUGAUGACGAAGGAGAGGUCACAGAACAAUGGCCUCCAGUACAAAAGGCUGUACUGAAGGAUGACAAAGUGAGGGAAGGAGAAAAUGAAGAAGAGGAGGAGGCAGGAGGACUGAAUCUUGAGGCAGCCCGCAAACUCAUGCAGGAAGAAGACAAACACGACAAACUGGCGUACAAGCAGCGUAUCCGCCAGAAGAAAUGGGAGAAGAAAAUGAAGCAGAAAGAGGCAGCCAGGUCAAAGGACCAACUACGCAAAAAGACGAACACAGUUCAGGAGGAAGGAGUUGCCUAUCUGGAUGUGGGGGAUGAUGAUGAUGAUGAUGAUGAUGAUGAUGAUGAUGAGGGUUCUGCAGAGGAUGCUGGGAGUGAUUCUGAGUCUGAUCAGUCAUCUGACCUGGGUCAAAGGUCAGACUCUGGGUCAGAUGAAGAAGAAUAUAUCAAGAGACCCAGUAAGAGAAGAAAACAUGAGAAGAACUCUGGUGAAGAGGAGGAGGAUACAGAUGAUCCGAUGGACACAGGCCUGGAUCUACAUGAUGAUGAAGAACUAGCACUUCACUUAUUGGGCAGUACCUAAGUUGGUCCAUACUCGAUCACAAUUUCUAGUAAUUCCACUGUUUAUUUUUGUGUUCUGACUUUCAGUAAUUAUAACACAUGUGAGAAUCUAUUUUAUAUCUGGCAAAGAGGAAGAGUCAUAAUAAAGUUGUGUGAAGUAUUCUAAGUUACAAAUAGUUAUAGGACAGUUAUGCAGUAUAUCACAGCCACCACGUGCUUGUUGUAGUUUGUUGAGUUCAUAAUCAUAUUUAGCUUCAAAAAUACAACAUUGACAAUGCCUCAUGUAUAAAUAAAGGUUCAAACAAACCUUGUUAUGUGUUCAAUGGUACAUGACUGUAGUUACAAAUGCAAAUCCAAUUGUACAUUCUACUGUCAUAGUCAUGUAGAAGAUGCUAUAGAUUCUGAAGUUUUAAUAAAACAUAUUAAUAU